GUCAGGAAGACCAAAACCCCCAUUUCCUUUGGCCUCCUGAAGCAUUUUUAAUUUAAUCCUUGUUUUCUUCUUUUUCCUUACAAAUCUCAAAAUGUGGAUGGUUAGAUCAUCAAAGAAUUUUUAUCAAAACUUUUAGUCUUCUUGCACCACACUCUUGGUAUUGUUGAACCAUUGUCAGCAUUUUCACUUCACUAAUUCAGGAGCAGAAACCGCAUAUAUAAAAAUGCAUGCCUACUUCAGACUCCAAAAACCACAAUGUGAUGUUUUGAAAAUAUCACAAGUUUUGGUUUUGCUUGUUUCCUUAAAGGAAAAUUGCUUACACUGGAGGGGCUAGUGUACAGCUGGAAGUCAGUGAAAAGCAACUUUGUAGCUGAAUUUUCUGCAGAAAUUUGUUGCCCAAGCACUGGAAAGAGAACUUUCCUCCCCUGUAUUUUGCACACACCAAAGUUAUUACACAGACACGCUCCACAUGCUGGGAGUUGUAGGCCAUUUUUCUGUGUUGGAUUGCACCCUUAGGGGGUUGCUCUGAUUGAAUAUUGAUAACAAACAAGGCCUAUCCGCAACCCAUUGGAGGGAUUUCAGUUCUCCUCUGAUAAAUUCUGCAUUCUUUGUUUUUAUUACUACCACUUCAAAAGCACUAACUAGCAGUUUUCUAAGCACUGUACAUAUGAUAAAAGAUAAGAAAGAGUCAGCUUGGAGGCUCACAUUCUAAUAGGCAUUAUGGAAAAGGAAAGGGGAAAGCGGGAGAGGAGGAAAGCAAACAUAGCCACUGUGUUUUCGCUGUCUGAUAAAUGGGACAAGCCCAUCCCUGCUCUGCCAUGAUGCUCUUCCCGGGAGGCGGGGAGGCAUGCCCUUGUAGUCCAUGGCCAUCUGGCUGGUGGAAUUGGCCAGAGCAUGCCUCUUGUCAGCCCUGCAGCUCCUUAUACAAAUGUAAGUUCCCCCACUGGGCAGACGGGGAACCCACACGCCCACACAUGCCUACACACCAACCCUGGUUCCUCCUUCAACAGCAGGAGUGUUAGAGAUGAGCAGAUGGCAUGAAAAUAAGGAUGGUGCUUCUUCGGGCUUCAAGAAUGACGUAGGAACAAGGGUUAGUUAGAAAGCUGGCAACGACUUACGCCUGUCCGCCUUUGAAAGGCCAAGCCAUCCGUCCCAUUGACCCCUGAUAGAAUUAUUUUAUUUGCUUGCUUGCUUGUUUAAAGCUGUUAUAUCCCACCCUUCACAAAUUCUCAGGGCGCAUUAAGGCUGAUGCACACCUGAUUGUCUUGACUCUGUUUAAUUCAAUUCCCCUUUUCUCAUUCCAACCAGUUUCCCCAUCUGCUGGCUUGGUUCUGCAUGACGAAGGGGAGAAGAAGAGAAGACGGAUCUCCCCUUCCCCCAAGCCCUGAGAUUUUCUCAGGGCUGCAAUCCCCGAAAGACUUCACAACAUGAAACUCUUCAGGAAAUAUCUCCCACUGGCAUUACUUCUGGUUCUGGUACACAGCCCCGUCUCUGCGGCCUGGAACUCCUCGCUGCCCCGCUCCAUCGAAGCCUUACAGGGAUCCUGCGUAGUCAUCCCAUGCGCGUUCAGCUUCCCCGGUUCCCGCGAAUCCUGGCCCGGCAGAUUCAGCGUGGCUUGGUACCAGUACCGUUCCCGGGGGUAUCCUGAAAUCUACAACAGCAAAACCCCAAGCAGCGUCCUGUCUGAUUACAUGGGGCGGACAGAAGUGCUUGGAGACCUCGAGAUGGGCAACUGUACCCUCAGCAUCAACCCUGUGCGUGGCACGGAUGCCAUGAGCUACUACGUCUGGAUCAACCCAGAUUCAGUCAAGCACCGGUUCUACGACGUCACCGUCCGGGUGGUAGUGACAGACAUUCUGAAGCAACCGGAGCUGAGCAACCCGGGGUUACUGACAGAAGGCGAUCGCACCUUGGUUACCUGUUCAACCCUGCACACCUGCCCUUUGUCCCCACCUACCCUCAUCUGGAAUCAUCUGGGGGCCAGGGCUGUUACGAUCCAGGAACGUUUGGCAGGGGGUGUCUGGAGGACAGAAUCGAGGUUUAGCUUCAUCCCCAUUUACAAGGACCACGGCAAAUAUCUGCAGUGCACCGCCACCUUCCCAAACAAGGAACAGUCUCACCGUGGGAUCUACCUACAGGUUAAAUAUUCCCCCAAAAAUGCGGUCGUCUCAGUGGUGGGGAACCCCGUCCUGAAGGAAGGAGACAGCGUCACCCUGCGAUGCAGCAGCCAGAGCAACCCCCCGGCCGUCAGCUACCGCUGGUUCUCGGGGCCACGCAAGGCACCGCUGCGGGUGGCAGGCGUUGGGCCGGUGGUGCAGGUGACGGACGUGCAGAGGAACUCAGGGCCGUACCACUGCGUUGCAGAGAACGACGUGGGCAUGGGAGAGGACUCGCCACCCACCUACCUCAACGUGGAGUAUAAGCCCGUGAUUCUGCCCCAGGGAAACUGCACCAUCUCCAGAACCGGGGAGACCAUCACCUGCUACUGCGUGGCAGAGGGGAACCCGUUGCCCAGCAUCGAGUGGCUCCUCCGAAACCAAACCAUCCCAGAGGUCUUCAACAGCUCCGAGCUGCAGGCAGAGUCUGCCUCUUGGGGGCAGGCCGUCAUCGGGGUAUUGAGAGUCCCCAAUUCCAGCCUGGCCAGUGUGACAUGCAGCGCCACCAACCAGCACGGGCCCAGCCAAAGCAUACUGCCCAUCGUCCAGGCAGGGGACCCUACCCUUCUGCUCAUGGCAUCUGGGGGUGCUGUUGGGGGCCUCCUCUUCUUUGGCCUUCUGGGAACUGUGGUCUACAAAAUGACAGUGAACAGGAAAAAAAAGCGGAGGCAAGAAGAGGAAGAUGACAUAGAUGAUCCUUCCCUGUGCGUCACCGAUGGGGCGAUGAAACAGGAAACCACUCCUAAACCAGAAAAGCCACACAAAUCCAAGAAGGAGACGUUCAACAUGUACAGCAAGACCGAAACAGAAAUGAGAAUGGCUGCUGACAAUGAUCUAAGCUCCGAGACUUAUGAGGCUAUGGGGGUAGUAGAAGAUUAUAAGACGCUAUCAACAGAGGCAUCUGCUGGACUUUAUGGGAACCUGGGCAACUGGCAGGCCUCCUCUGGCCCGGAACAGAUCUACUCCAACGUGUGAGCCGAGAAGAGGAUGGAGCAAAGCAGUGUGUCUGAAUCUCUUUCUGCUGAACCAAUAGAGGAGCGAUGCUAGCUAGCCAGAGUGACAACGCGAUUCGGAAGAAAGGAGAGCUGGGGAGGUGUGCUGUCAAAUUAAGAGACCUAAAUAAAUAAACCUUGUGGAAGUCUGCAGCUGCAAGGCAGACCUCCCAAAAUUCCCCGGGGAGCAUUUUUAGUAUAAACCCUCGGGACUCCCUGCCACCGGGAAACAUUAUUAGCAUGAUCUCCUGGGACCCUCCGUGGGGACUUUGUUAUGGGCAUAGAAGCUUAGUGGGGAGAAUAUUUAUGGUGUAACCCCCUAAGGCUCCUUCCCAUGAGGAAUGUUACUGAUCCUCACCCCUGGGACUGCCUGCUGAAAAGCACUAGUUUAAGAUGCUAGUCCCUAGGACUGCCUGCAGAAGGGUAUGGGGGUGUAAUAAUUCCCUUCUUCUUUUCUAAGACUGAAAUCUUUCCUGCUGUGCUGAGCCCUUUGUGUAAGUGGGUUUUACUGUCAAGACUUUCAAAGUAUAUGUCUCUAUUUUUGUACUUUCA